GGAAAAGUAUGUUGCGGAAGAUGACCUGUAGUACUAAAUUAAGUGCAGCAGAACUAGAAGAAAUAUUAUUUAAAUCUUCUUGAAUGAAAAUUUUUUAAUUUUUAUAUCAUGAAAAAACAUCUAAAAUAUAAACGCUUUCAAUUUAUUUUUCAAGGCUAAAGGGUUUCAGGAUGACAAGUGAAAUUCUGUGGAAUCGUUACUGUUAGUUUUACUACGAGCUUUUAAAUGAGUUGUACGAAAAUAAAUGCUUAUCGCUACCUGUAAUUGGUUAAGUUAUGAAAUAUGUCAAAAUUGUUGGAAUGGUUAGCAGGGGUGGCUCUUAUCAUUUCAGUUUGGUAUUCUCUCCUAAUCAACAAUAUUUUCUUGAAAGAAAAUGACUGGCAUUCAUGGCUUGUUCCUAUUUAUGCAGUUAUAGCCUUUGGGAUUUAUUCCUUAAUUGUGAUACUUUAUCGAGUCUACACAUUCAAUGACUGCCCUGAAGCGGCUGAAGAACUGAAAAUGGUAACAUUUUUUAUUAAUGUAACAUUUUAGAAAUGAAAAUAAUAA